UGUGUUUGUAUUGAUUUGCGCACGUGUGCGUAGAUAAACAUAUAGAUUUGCAUUGGUAUGUGUACCCACAUAUGUAUGUAUGCACAUAAUGCAGAUGUAUGUGCGAAAAAAUUGAUACACCACAGAAAAUUCCGACAGAAUUGAAAAAUUCUACCGAGAAGACGAGAAAUUUCACUACCAACAACAAUAACAACAACUAAACAACCAAACCAAGCCAACGCUAUCGUCGCUACCAACAAAACAACAACUCCAAAUAAUUUCAACCAUAAUAACGCAAAUAACUACAGUAGCAGCAUUAAAGCAACAAACAAUUACAAUAAAAACAGAAGCAACAACCACCAUUACCACCAACAACCCACCCUCAGUGCAUUCGCACUCACUCAUAAUCACAGUGAGCUCGCCCACGCCCCUUCUACCGCCAACAUCAAUCGCUGCCAACGUCUUUUACUUGAACGCGUCUGCCAACAAACAACCCACCACCACCCGCAACCACUCUCCGCUUCGACGCUGACAUUACGCCAGCGAUAUAGCGCGCAUCCUGUGAGCAUCCUCUUUGCUUGUGUGCCAGCAAACAGUCAAUCAACGCAAGCAGACGACCGACCAACCCCCCAAAAACAACCAACAUCGAAGCCGAACGCUGUCAAGCCGGCUCUGUAGGCGUUCACACACACACACAACUUACUCAUACACAAGCGCUCUAUUUCUUGUUCUCUUUGGCGUUCGAGUAUGCUCGUCACGCGCUCUCCAUUGCUAGCUGUAAAAUACAAAAAGUAAAUGAUAUUUGAUAACACUAAUAAAAACAACACUAUAAGUGAGUGAGUAGUAAAUUCCGACUUCUAGUGCAGUCGCAACAAAAAUAAACAAAUAAAUUGAAGGUAUACAAAAUUGUAAGCGGCAAACGGUAAACAAACAGAAAGCAGAUAGAAAGGAACAAAACCGACAAGUGAAGAGUGGGGCGCGAGUAGGCGAAAAAGAGCGAUAGCAAGCGGGGGUGGUAGAGUGGCGGAGGUGCAUUUACAACGGCAACUAUUAAAGUUUUCUGCUUUACAUUUUCUUUUUGUUUUGGUUUUUAUCGCAUUGACUGCCUACUUAUUGCUGUUGUUGCACACGUUUCCGCUUUGUCACUGAAACAAAAAGCAAAAGGAUAUGAAGGAUAUAGUAACUAGGAUGAUGCUGAUGAUGAUGAGGAUGAUGCGAUGGCAGCUGCAGAAUUCGCAAAGGAUAAGCUCCUUGGUGAAAUACUUGACGAAAUCCGUCCAUUGUUGUCAACUUAUACAGGAAUAAAAUUGAAAUUAAAAACAAUUAAGCAAUGCUGAAGUCAAUAACUAAAUAAUAAGUUUAUUCUACAAGAAACCAAAACCAAAACCAAAACCAAAAUAAAAAUUAAAUAUUAAGUUUCGUAGAAGGAGUAGCAACUACAUAAAAUCCGGACGCGAUGUUCGGCUCAAAAUUACGUUCAUGGAUGGAAAACCACAUUGGGCGGCCGCGUAAGAAGGGCGCCAAAAAUAAAACUGCAAAUAGCGCUGUCAGUGUCGCCAAUGCCGCGGGUUGCAGUCACGAAGCGUACCAGCAUCAAAAUAGCAACAACAAGAAGAUAUCCAACACCAAUUCGAGCGCUAUUUUUACGCUUCAUCACGCGCACGGCAAUGGCGCGUCGUCUGCGUCAACAUCAAUCACUGCCAACAACUCGUCCGCGUCCGCGGCGCCGACAAUGACAACGGUAAUGGUGGCACCCGGCGCGAUGUCCUCAUUCGGUGCUAAUCAUCACAAUGGCGGUGGCGUGAGUGGCGGUGGAGGCGGUGGAAAUAGCUGCGGCAGUGUUAUUGCGAGUCCAGUCAGACGACGAGAAGUCUCGCCUAUUCAAGGCCAUACACAGAGCCGUUUCGGCUGGCAGUCACCGGAUCAGGAGACAGUCACUUCGCCAAAAUCUGACAAUUUCCUGUAUGCGCCACAACAUCGUGUACGCAGUCAGUCGCAUCACUCUAACCACCACCACCACCAACAACAGCAGCAACAACAGCAGCAUCCCUAUACGGCGCCAAAUAGCAAAGAUAAUUCAAGUGAUGAUCGCUCACUGCAAGCAAAGUCUUAUACACAAUCCUAUAGCCAUCACUUACAACCACAACAACACCAACAAAAACAACAGCAACAGCUGCAACAAAACACUUUGCAGCGUCAACAACAACAACCACAUCCCGCCGAUUGCUCAUCAUCAUCAAUUUCAUCGUUGUCAUGGUCUACUGGCUCCAAGGAGCCUUCAAUGAAUUCCAGCAGCAAUCACAACAACAACAUAACUAACCAGAAUAGUAGCAAUAAUAAUAGUUCACUGUCGAAGCCACUACCCACGCCUGAGCCGCAAAAUACCAGCACCACCGAUUUGCAACACUUCGAGGAGGAUCCUAAUACUGUACACUACGAGGAAAUACGUACUAUUUUGCGUCAUCCGGAGCACUGCAGCGCCAGUUACAAUAACAAUAAUACCAACCCUUUCUUAAUACAUGAGCGCCCAAAAUCAGAACAGCUCACAACAUUCACGCCCGUGCGUUCGCUCUAUGCGGAUCGUCGUUCGCAAGAUGAUGCCUCUAAUCGCUACGGCCGCCUGCUGCCAUCGAAAAUUCAAAGCUGCAGCAAUUCGAAUGACAGUUUGAAUGCGAAUGCCUCCAUGACAUACAUGAGGAGUGGCAGUGCGGAGUACAUAUCGCAACAAUAUCAACAUCCCGGUAUCGGGGUGAUGGGCGGCAUGUCAGGCGAGUUCGGUGCUACACAUCAGGGUGGUCCUUCGAAUGGUUUGAUGUCGAUGCAUUGCCAGCGCAGCCGCUUGCGUGGAGGACGUUUUGGCAAUGGGCAUGCUUUGAAUGGCUCCCAGCCAAUGGCAGGCAUGACUGGAGCGCCGCUGCAUAGCCUCUCGUCGCCGGAGAGCGCUUACUCGACUGGUUACUCCACCGACGGUACUUCACCAGGCGCCAUUUACACGCCUCCGGAAUACUACAUAAAUAUGCGUACCGGCACUCACUACUUUCCGAAGAGCGUCAAUUCACUGGCUAUUGAGGCGCAACGUUACAAAUUUGGUCUGAAUAAAAUAGAGGAAAUGUCACCUAUCGACCCAAUGCCAAAGACAUCAUUCGCCAAUGCUUCCGGCCUAUACAAGCGUGCGGAUUCGUAUGAUAUGGGCCAAGGCUGCAGUAACAACAAUGGCAUGCAUCACGAACCUUUCAUACCACUCGAUGCCCCACAUGCCAUACAACACACUGGCAACGUUGGACGUCAUAGUCCUGUGGGAUUGCGUAAUGCCAUUGUUUUGCCCACCUUGAAGGGUUUUGAGUCACCCUCCCCUAGGCAGCGUUGUCGCAUACGCACGAAUCCAUGGUACCUCACAUCGGAAGCGAAUGCACCAGCAACGGGAAGUGUGAGCGUACAGAACGUGAUAGCAUUUCUGCCACCACCACCACCAACACAACCACCGCCGACGGCGAUGUCAACAACAUCCGACACGUCGACGAUUUCCUCGUCAGCGCACUCAACUAAGGCGCUCGAGGCGUUAGGCACGCCAACGCGGCAACAUAAAGCGGGUAAGAUGCUGACAAGUGGCAACGUGGGCGGUGGACGCAGCGAGCUUGAUGCCGCAAGCACAUCCUCUUCAGGCAAGAGAUCUAGCAACGCAACAACAGAUGGACGCCGGGUAAUGCAGCAUAAUCAACAGACAAGUGACAAGCACAAUGGUGGCAUGGUGGGCACUGGUUAUGAGUCGACGGAGAGCUCAUCAUCUUUGACUGAAGUGGAAAAUAUGCAAAGGACAUACACGCCGAACACAGUGCGACGCAAACGUGCAGAGCAGCUACAAGCAAAGGUGGCACAGCCGCUGGCUGUAAUGUUGGCGGAUGUAUGUGUCGUAGGCGGUGGCAGCAACAGGGAGCCAGUUGUAAGUGACGAUGAUGCCACGCUAAACGAGAUGAUGGGCAAAUUUGAUGAGAGUUACGUUUAUGAGAAGGAGACUGACAUACUCAGCAGCGAUUCGGACCCAACGGACUGCCCCUCAGACUUGGAUACUGGGCAGGAUGCCGGCGAUGAGUGUGACACCGAUGAGCUGCUCGAUAUAGAUUUCAUUGAUACCUCAUCCAUGCAUGAGGUAUCUGAGCGCAAGGAGGUUGAGAGCAAUGCGGGCAGCUAUUAUUAUUGCAACCAAAGUCCCAAGCGGAGUUCGAUGCGGCAGCAUGGGGAGACGCGUGCUUCAGUGCGUUCGCGACGAAAUUAUCGAAACAUGAAGAACUCACAAGAGGCUGGUGGUGGUGUGAUGGCGCCUGGAAGUGGUUCGCAGCGGCGACGUAAGCGUUUUCUCAAGACACGCAAGAAGAGUGCCGAGAAUCGUACAGACCGAUCAUAUUCGCCACACAAGUCGCGACAGUCCCGUAGUGUUGGUGGAACACCGGUCUGUGUGCGAAGGCAAAGACAUAUCAUAGCGAAGAAUAGAAUAUAUGAAACGUCACCACUCACCAAUCGCUCCAGUUCGCUGGUAUGCGUGGAUGUGUGCGACACCAAACGCUUUAUGACAAUUGCAGAGAGCGAACGUGCUUUGCUCAGAGCUGACUUGGAGGCCGACGUCAAGUACAGACAACUCAUACAGGAAGCCGAAUCUUUACUAGUCUCCAUGAAGAAUAGCAUGCAGAGCAUACCACGCGACACACCCGUUUCCAGUCCACGUCGUGUAAAUCCACUCGCCAAUAAGCGCGUAGAAAUGUUGAAAAAUUGUGAGGCAGAUACACGUCGCGAGCAGUUAAAGCAAGCCCAGCAACGUUCUCUGGAUGCAGCCCAGUCUGAGAAACAACAACAGCAUGAACUCGCUGCCGCCAUCAAUCGUCGCAUAGAUCUACUAAGACAUGCGCCAGCCUCUGCACCGAAUAGCCCACGUUUCAGUCGUUGCAGUCCACGAAAAACGCAUUUGACGAAUUUUAUAAAUCAAAAUGUGCCACCAGAGGUGCCGGUGCGUAAGGCAGUCGAUUUGGCAAAACCGCCACAGUCGCCGCAGCUACAGUUAAAUGGGCGUCGUAUGCAGCACAGCCCAACUGCCGCCCCGCUGCAAGAGCGUCGCUUCCGCAGCCAAUCGCCAGUGGCGCGUUACAAGCGAAGUGGAAACCUACAGCGAGCGCAAAGCUUUGACAGCGACUCUGAGUCGGAGUCUCAACAAAAGGUUGGUGGUGGGCAGCAACAGUUUGUCAAUGACACCGCAGUCGUGGAUGCAGUGAAUCACAAUUAUUUGCCGGAAUUCGCGCGCAUUUCGCGCUACGAUGAAGCGGAUCUGCGAAAUCACAAUAUGGCCAACGUAGAGGCAAAACCAAGUGAUGCAGUGGUGCAUUGGCGGUCGGGAAUGAUGCACGCGUGUCCGCAAAGUGAGCCUUUGAAACGAAAAGUUUACAGUGGGAGCUCGACAUUUGAGCGCAUCAAAAAGAGUUUCGACCUUGAAGCUGAAAUACCAAAACAAACGAUGCUGGCUAAGAUACACAAUUUGAGGCGUCGCGAACGCCAAAACUCCAAUCCACGUUUAGCUACGCGUAGCAGCAGUCAGGAUCUGCACGAUUUUAACUGUGACAGUGAAUCAGCUGGCGUUGGCACAAACGAAGAGCAGAAAAAGCAAAUGAUACUCAGCACUAUUGCGGAUUUGAAACGCAGUCUAGAGACGCAGAGCGUUGAAUUGAAUGGUCUCAAUGAAGACUAAAAGUUAAAAGAUAAGCAAAUUGUAAAGUAGACAUAAGUGUGUAGGAGUAGUUGUGGGGAUUUGUAAUACAAAUACGGGAAUGUAUAUGAAUUGGCGCUAUAGCAUUAAGGCUUUGUCUUUGUAUGCAACUGCAAUUAAAAUUUUGUCAUUAAAAUGAUGCUACGAACUGUGUCACGCAUCAAACAAUGUCUCCAGAAUUUACCCAACCGAUGCUAGAAUGUGCCGUGUCACCUUGCUAUGAUUUCACAAGUACCUUGAGAGUACUUCUACAAUCUCGCUGCUUCAGUUGCAUUCAUCUAUUCAGUACUUCAGCAGGAGCUGCACUGUGGAGCUGCGGAUUUUUUGCAGUGCUGUGCGUUCUGUACCGUAUUAAGAACUAUGGACUCACAGAGUAUUUUAUUAUUUAAUCAUUCAAUGUAAUCCUAUAUUCCACUUAUAAUAGGUUGGUCAUGGUUAUA